CUAAUUGAUAAGUGUUAAAUUCCAUUUACCAAAGGGAAAGCAUAACUAUUUAAAUUCUUCGAAUAUUUCCCCAUAAUUUCUGGCCAAUUGUGGGCUGCUUAAAUUGAAGCCCAUUGAAUACGAAGGACCUUUGUCUGGGACUCGACCGAACUUUGAUGUUUCUGUCGGCUUAAACGUUCCACGGUCUGGCAGUCAGGAGUCAGCUGGGCAGUGUGAGGAGCGGCAGGCUUUGAAUUAACCUUCACAAAGGACCAACCAAAUUCACCAGCAUCCAGACAGGGCGAGGCACUCAGAAUGAGUUAUGAAUUCCCAGUAAGGAAGGGCACGAUGAGCAGCCUCAACCAACGAUCGCCGUACACCCAGAUCGGGAUGGGAGCUGCCGGCGGUUUUCUCACUGGCUUUGUGCUCUUGAAGGCCAGCAAGCUGGUGGCCAUGGCCGCCGGAGGAACGAUCCUGGCCCUCCAACUAGCAAUCGAAGCGGGCUUCAUCCACCUGGAUACCUGCGAGGUGAUCCACGAGCCGGGCUCCAAUCAGGUUCGAGGACAGCUGCGAGUCGCCGGGCAGACCCACCAAGUAGAGACUCCAAAUCUGGCCAGUAUCGAGCAGUUGGCCGAGAAGGCCCGAAAAGCAUGUGCAUCCAGCCGACGGCUGUGUGUGGCCUUCCUGGGCGGCUUUCUGCUCGGCUUUGGCUGGGCUUAACCAUGGUAAAUUACCCUACUCUUGUACGAAAAAUAUACAUUUAAACUGUA